AUGGGUGUCUUGAGCUGCAUGAAGUACCUGAUGUUCAUCUUCAACGUGCUGGUGUUUUUCUUCAUCCUCGUCAGCCUCGUCUUCCUCACACAGCUCAUUGGGGCCGUUCUCUUUCUGGUGCACUGGAAACAGGUCCAGCCUGAGCAAUUCCUGUCUGAGCUGCAGAGGAACUAUGGUGGGGAUGAGGGUGCUGAGGUCUUCUCCACAGCCUGGAACACCCUCAUGGUCACGUUCUCGUGUUGUGGUGUUCUAGGACCCGAAGACUUUGGGAACGGCUCCCGCUUCCAGGAGCUGCACCCAGGGAUGCCGUGGCCACGGGCAUGCUGUGCCCGGGAUGGGCUCCUGCAGGCGGGAGAGGUCCUGGGCUGGGAGCAGUGCCAGGACAGAAGCCCGGGCUACAUCCACGAGCAGGGCUGCUUCUCUACCUUCGGCAGGACUCUGCAGAGGUACAUCUCCCUCCCUGGGACCUGCAGCUUAGCCGUGCUGGGCAUUGAGAUCUUUGCCAUGUUCUUCGCCUUCUGCCUUUACUACAACUUCGACUGA